CUCUCCCUUUCGGCGUGUUUUCGGAGAGAGAGGUUGAAAAGGUGGGUGUCGCGCUGCAUCCUGGGUACACAUAGCUUCGCUGUGAUGCAGUGAGCUCGUUGUGUUGACUGGUUACCAGCGGAAAGUGCGCGGCGGGGAAGGGGUCUGCCGCCGAGGGGUGGGCUUUCAGCGAGUUUCUACAAUGCGUCUUUCACCGACUUGAACGCUCUCACAGAACCAUGAGCCAACUUCGCCGGCUGCCUGGGAGCGGACUGAGCCACAUCUGAGCCCCGACGACGAGCGCUUGUUGGCGGAGGGAGCGAGCAUGAAGCAGCCGAGCGCUCCGCUCUCUGUUGUCGGCUUGACUGGGAAAUGGUAGCGCGCUGCAGGGACCGCCGCACUGGGAAGGACCAUGGUCGAGAGGAGCAGCAAAUUCUUGUUGAUCGUCAUCGGAUCCGUGUGUUUUAUGCUGAUCCUCUAUCAGUACGUGGCCCCCGGGGUGAUCAGUUUCGGCUCCCCGCACGGUUACUUCACGGAGGACGACGAGGGGGACAUCUUCCCCACGCCGGACCCCCACUACGUUAAGAAAUACUACUUCCCCGUCAGGGACCUGGAGAGGACCGUCGACUUCCAGAUCAAGGGGGAGGACGUGAUCGUGUUCCUGCACAUCCAGAAGACGGGGGGCACGACCUUCGGCCGGCACCUGGUCCAGAAUGUCCGCCUGGAGGUCCCCUGCGACUGCAGACCGGGCCAGAAGAAGUGUACCUGCUACCGGCCGAACCGCAAGGAGACCUGGCUCUUCUCGCGGUUCUCCACCGGCUGGAGCUGCGGCUUGCACGCCGACUGGACCGAGCUCACCAACUGUGUGCCGGGGGUCCUCAACAAGAAGGAGAACAAGCAGAAGAACCAGAGGAAGUUUUACUACAUCACUCUGCUGAGGGACCCCGUGUCCCGCUACCUCAGCGAGUGGAGGCACGUGCAGCGGGGAGCCACGUGGAAAACCUCCCUGCACAUGUGUGACGGCCGAACCCCGACACCCGAGGAGCUGCCUUCCUGCUACGAAGGCUCCGACUGGUCAGGGUGCACGCUGCAGCAGUUCAUGGACUGUCCGUACAACCUGGCCAACAACAGACAGGUCCGCAUGUUGGCCGACUUGAGCCUGGUCGGCUGCUACAACAUGUCCACGGUUCCAGAGAAGAAGAGGGCCCAGCUGCUGCUAGAGUCGGCCAAGAAGAACCUGCGAGACAUGGCCUUCUUCGGACUCACAGAGUACCAGAGGAAAACGCAGUUCCUCUUUGAACGAACCUUCAGGUUGCGCUUCAUCAGGCCUUUCAUGCAGUACAACAGCACCCGGGCUGCAGGGGUGGACCUGGACAACGCUACGGUGCAGCGCAUAGAGGAGCUGAACGAGCUGGAUAUGGAGCUCUACGACUACGCCAAGGACCUGUUCCAGCAGCGCUACCAGUACACCCGGCAGCAGGAGCGAUGGCAGCAGCGCAUCAAGAACCACAUGCAACAGAGUCACCAGGGCCUUGGCCUGAGCGUCGGCCUGUGGCCCUCCCGCGGCCAAGCUAGCUCACAAUCAACACUGGAGGAGGGGGACAGGGAGAGGGGCGAGAGGGAGGAGCGGGAGGACGGAGAGGAAGGGGGCAGAACGGAGGAGGCAGGCGCCAGGCUUCCCACUGAGGACUACAUGAACCAGAUCAUCAAACGCUGGUAGCAACAGAACGAGAACAAACGACAGACAUGCAUACAUAAUGUGAAAGUCAAGCACACACACACAUACACACACUGAGAGAGAGAGAGAGAGAGGUGCAUCUGCGGAAAGCUCCGCCUCCUUCAAAGACCACAACCAAGCGCAGGGUACCGCAGAUCUGGGCCGCGAGACUCGCAGUCUUGGGAGGGUUGCUAUAGCAACCGGAGGCUGAUAGCUUGCAUCAACUCUCAUUAUUGAGGUUCGCCCAGUUAUCGGCGCCUGCUUGCCCUUUCGCCUCCCUGCCACAUCUCCUCAUGUCUUUGUCACUGCUAUCAUCGUUACUUCCUGAGCGGAGGGAGAGCAGAACAUUUUUAGAAGUUGCUGACAACGUCCCAGCUUUCUCCUCCCGCGUCUCUCGCCCCCUCUGCGGCCCGGCGACGGGGAGCGGAGCACGAGGAAAGGAAAAAAAUCAGGUCUGUAAGAUUCAUGCAAUCCUUUGCGGACGCUCCUGUAUCAAGAGAAACUGGAAAAGCUCCGAACAAAGGAUGAAAAGUACGACAGCGAUAACAGACCGAAUCAGGGAGCAGAAAAAAAAACAAACCUGCAUAAAGUUGUGUACUAAAAACUCUGCGCUUGCAUAAAGCACCCAUUUCAUCCAUGAAGCAUACAUGUGUCCUGCAACAGUCUUCUUCUUAUUUUAAAAAUGCUUUUAUUUUUGUCAUGGUCCUUAAGCUUUGUUUAAAAGCAAAAUUGUAAUAACACUGAGACCAACUUUGCUGCCUAAAGAAAAUUCCUUUUCUUUUUUUUAUUUUUUAAUUGUUUUGUAUGUCGAAAAAGAGGAUUGGAUUGAUGAAUAAUGGACCAUAGCCAUUACUGAAGCCUCUGCUUCUUUUAGGAAGGGUGUCGCCAGUGUGUCUGAUAAAGGUUCCCAAAGCUCCUGUCACUUUAACAAGUUCAUUAUUUUUGCCUUUUCUCUCCGGUUUUUUUUCUUCUUCUUUCUCUUGGUGCAUCUCAGUCCUGCAAAGAAAGACAGCCAAUUACAGAACCGGAUCUCACAUAGGUGCGAAGAAACCAGUGGCAGCGGGGCGGGGUGGAGGGGGCAGCGAGUGAAUGUGCUGCGGGUUGCUGCCAGGAACCGUGCAGCGCGAGCGGCAAGCGCUUUGGAAGCCUUAACUCGGACAAAAAUGCUUGAAAUGGGAGCUGGAGAACUACCGGUCACCAUGGCAAUGAGAGCUCUUAAUGUAGUGGGUGGCAUUUUAGCUUCUCUUCCUCUUCUUCUUCUCCUGUCUUUUCUCUUUUUUAUGUCUUGACUGCGUGGUAAAAGCAGCCAUCUCAUGCAAGCCUCUGUCCCACCCUCCUAAAGGGCAAACGUUGCUGUGGUGACCUGCAGCUCGUCGGGGCAAAGAACGGACAGGGUGAGGUAGCAGUGCCUCUGUGUACUUGGAUCAUAGUCAACAUAAUUAUUGCCAGAUAUUAAGUCUGCAUUGUACUACAGUAAUUUCUUUGACUACUUGUGAGUUUGUGAAAGAGUGUGUGUGUGUGUGUGUGUGUGUGUGUGUGUGUGUAAAUAUAGUGUGUACAGGAAGCCAGUCUGGUGUUUGCCUUUGUAAAUAGUGAGAAUGACCGACAGAGGAUGUUUGUGAACAACUCGUUUCAUGACCAAUUACCUUGCCGUUUUUUUUUUUUUUUUUUUUUUUGUUCACAGAUCACGCUCAUGAGAGUCCUUUUCUUGUCUCCUUUCCAUGUUUCGGUCGGAACCCACAACUGUAGCUUUACACUAUUUCUAAUUGUACAGUAAAAUGACCAAUCUGCACUUUCAAUCCAGCUUUCGAACCUCAGCAUAUCCCCAUUUCUGUCAGUCCUGCACCACUCCAUGUGCAGACCUUACUGUGAACAUAAAGUACAUGAAAGAAAAUUCUCAUAUUUUUAAACCGUUUUGCAGGUGCUUGGUCAUAUCUUCAAAGGUACUUCCGCGGUCCCACAGGGCCCGGCUUGUUUACCUGUACAAAAUACAUGUUUGCGUGAGGCUGAGUUUCCACGGACUUUUGGGCUGGAUGUUGACACGCGGCCGGCAAGCUGGUGUAGCCCCAAGCGUGCGUUUUAUUAAUCUCUGCGGGAAGGAGAUGCUUGAGAUAUCUUCAAAAAUAUUUGGAGACAGAUCUUAUGUUAUCCCCCACCCCCUACAAGGUUUGUGUAGGAAACCAAUUUUAAGUGAAUCAUAGACUAAGGCAUGAAGGUGAAGGCUGCUGUGCCUUGCAAAAGUAAUUACAACUCUUGAACUAAAACCUUUUAAGUUAAUUUUGAGGGGAACUUUAUGUGAUGGAGCAACACAAAGUGGAGCAUAAUUAUGUGAAGACAGAAGAGAGACAUGCAUUGACUGCAAAAGCAAAUAUCUUGGUAUGCUUGAGAAAAACAAACUUACAAAUGACAGAAGGUUGUUUUAAGUCAGAAAAUUAAAUUAGUCAAUAAUUUCUUGACAUUGAAGAAAAAGUACUAUUUCCCCUAGUGGAUUAUUUUUAUUUAUACCAAGACAUUUUUUCCUUAAGUGAAAUAAUCUACCUGUGGAACUAAUAGUUUUUCAUAAAUAUUAGGGAAUUAUUGUCUUAACGAGCUUUUAUAUCCUGCAGAAAAGUUACUUGUAAGUUAGUUUUAUCUUAUUUCAAACAUACUGAGAUAUUUGCAUGAGAAAUCAGAUUAAAAAUACUUGGUAAGACUUUGUGUUCUUGGACUUGUUGAACCCCUUACUUUUCCAAUUCUUUCACCUUGAGUCUCAUCAGAUCAAUACAUAUUUGCAUAUUCUUCUUUCCUCCACAAACUGUUUCAACUUUGGUCUUUUUUUGACCGGGCCAACAUUGCAUACAUUUGAGCCGAGUCUGGCAGACCGGAUCUUUUGUCACUUUCUUUCAUCAACGGUUUUCUUCUGGCCAGAUUUGUGGAGCACACAAGUGGUCGUAGUUGUCCUGUCAACAGACUAUCUGCAGAAAGUGUCCUUUUCCUCUCACUUAAUAAUUGUGCAUUACUUUGAAUUGGCCUCGCACAUGAAGUUCCCCACAUAAAGGUUGAAGUUUGUGUUUGUAAUAUGACAAACAGAAAAGUUUAAAGAGUGUGAAAACCUUUGCGAGCUGCUGUUGCAAAGGUUAAUCUUGUGGGGGGUUUUCCAUGUUUUGCUAAUGAGAAACGCUUAGAGAACUGCUCGUGAAAAACAAAGUUGUGUGUUUAUAGUGAAAUAAAUGACCUCGACAUGUCCACUGCCUGUCUGUGUACAUUUGUUUCACGUAAAGCAACAAAUACUCUGUUAUAUGUUGACUCCAAAAGGUAUUAAAAUGAAUAAUAUUAGGGAAAACCGAGGGGAAUGUUAAAGUGUGCUGGAAAGAAGACAGGCUUUUUGCGCGUUGUAAUUCAAACUGCAUUUAGAUGAUGGAUGCAGGCAUCCUGCUUCCUUCGUCUUUGGAAAACAUGAUGCAACGGGUUUUCUUUUAAAACCCGGACCGUUAAUCUCGGCUAAUCACCACCGAAUCCUGCCUCGGUGGUGUGAUCAGCUUGGUUUUAAAUCAGGAAUGAUUCAUCAUGGGAAGGAGAGAAGAACCAGAGGGAUCAUGCAAAGUAUUAGGACUCAUCAAUCGCCAGUUUGAACAUUUUUGCACAGUUUUAAAGUAAUGCAAUAGGGAGAGAGAAACGGAUAUGGGAGAGAGACCCUCACUUUUCAUAUCAGCUUCCCCGUCUUUGUCUUUUGUCUUUUUUUUUUGGAACUGGAGACUUGAAAACAUCGCAGCUUCAGGCAUUUUGCCCAUAACUUCUAAAUCAGAGCCGGGCUGUGUUUGGGCUCCAGUCCAACGUUUGUUAGUGUAGAGCAAAAAGGCAAAAACCCAUUCUCCAUGUAUGGAGGUUUAUUUUUGUUUUAAGCGUUCCAGUUUUGAGUGAUUGGGGCUUGAAUCAAAUACUGUCUGUCUGAGUGUGUGCGUGUGUAAAAGAAAAGAAAAGCUUUUUACUGACAUCAUUCCAGAGAAAAUUUAUGCUCAAAUAUAUUAUUUUGUUUUGUUUAUCUCAUGUCUUAACGUUGUUUCCUUGGUGACAAUAAAGCAAAUCAUCAUCCUACUCUUACAGAUGUGUUAAAGAAAGUGUGAAAGGGAUUUGUUCUUGUUUUAUUUUUUUUAAUUGGUGAGCAGUCUCCCAGACUCCCUUAUGUAUGCAUCUUUCUGGGUUUGUUUUCUUAUGAUUGCAAAACUGAAUCAUCCAACCACCAAUUAAAAUAUUUCAUUUUUACA